AUGUCCUCCAAUCAAAACGUAAGCAUCCGUCGUUUCUGCAGGGCCCCGAAAUACGACCUAUAUUUACGUUUCCAAAUGACCGCGCCUACCUCCGGCUUCGACUUGCUUGGUAUUAAGAACUUUUCAGUGGGAUAUAAUCCCAGUAACAAAAGCAAUACUUUCAGUAGCGGCUAGUGUCUUACAGGACAAAUCACAGAGUUGUCACAGGAAUGCAAAAUACUGAGGAAGCUGAAAGGAAAGGCAGAAGUCUUAUGGCAUGGAUAUCAUGGAAAAACUGUUCUAACAUACCACAGCAAAGACAGGUACUUCAGCAUCAAGCAGUGUGUCAUUCAGCAAUCUCAGGACAAUAACGUUAUUCCCCCAGGCUGCCAUGUCUACCCAUUCACCUUUCACAUCCCAGCACAAGAGCUGCCGUCCUCCUUCAGGGGCUUGUGGGGAAAGAUUGUGUACAAAGUGGAGGCAAAUCUGAGCUGCUCGAUGAGAAAAGACAGCCAAGCAAAGGCAGAGUUUACCCUCAUGCACAAAGCAAACCCUGAUCCAGAGCUCACGGAACCCUUACAAACUGCCUUCAAAAUAUGAAAGAAGAUGAAGCUCUUCACAUCAGGAUCAGUAGCCAUGGACAUUCCAAAAACAGCCUUCCUCCAAUAUAUCCCAGUCUUACAGUACAUUCAGUCUUUCAAAUCAUCUCAUUGUAUAAAGCACAAGUACUGCCUGUAUAGAAAGGAAAGUAACUUCGCAAGAAGGAAAGUUGAAACCAAACACAUUCUGAAAGAGCAGGGUGAAGCCAUCCCACGUUCUGCAGGUCAGACUGUCACCAAGAUCGUCACCAUCCCUUCCACCGAGACUGUAUGUGUGGGUAGGUCUAUCAAUCCUCCUGAAAGUAUUUCACGAGUCUGUCUGGAUAUAAAAUAUGCUUCAGACCCAGAGAUCAAGUUCCCUAUAUUCAUCUUGGCUGCUUUAGAGGGUUCCGAUAAGCAGCAGUCAUGUGACUAUUCAAGCAGUGGAUUUAAAGCAUUUCCAAACUCUGACUUGCCAGCAGGGAUAAGCUUUCUACAAAAUCUAGCUGCCCCUGGAGCUGCUGACUUACCACCUUCCUAUAGGACAUAUGAAAUGUACCACUCCCUGAAUAGUUCAUACAGAAAGUCCUAG